CUUUUCAUAAAGAGGAUGGAGAGAUGGAUCCCUGGUUGCUCGGAUAAGAUGACAUAAAAGUGACCAAAUGGAAAGAAAGAGGACGCUUAAGUAAAGCCAGUAGGAGGAGAAGGGUGUUUAUUUUUUCUAUUUUUUGGGGGUAAUUCAGAUUCUGUACAAGAAUUAUUUUACAGUUCAAGUAAUUGUUACUGUUCUACAGGAGGAUCUGUAUCACCAUUAUACCUGGAAAUAACGAGAGAUUGCUGGCUAUAAGAGAUGACUGUGGUUCUGUCCAUGAACAGAUUUUGCAACCCCAUUACCUCUGAAGGUACCACCGACGUUGCAGAUUACAGGAGCGUCUGGGAGUCCGAUCACCAGAACAAGGCAGCCAGCUCUUCCUCCUCUCUCCAUGCCCAGCACCAGGAGUACAGAUUAUGUGACACUUCUCCAGAAUCACAUUACAGGGGAAUUUCACAUCCAAAAACAGCUUCCAAGAGCACUUACUUUAAAAGGAAAUAUGUAGAAGAGGAUUAUCAUCUGCCGCUCAGCAGCUGUAGCCAUAAAAAUGUAUCAAUCUUUGAAGAGAGGGCCCAUGUACUUUACAUGUCCUUGGAGAAAUUAAAAUUCAUUGAUGACCCGGAAGUGUUCCUGAGAAGGUCAGUCCUCAUUAACAACUUGAUGAAGAGAAUUCAUGGCGAGAUUCUACUUCAGAACAACUGGUGUUUCUCAGCCUGUUCUUUGGGAGGAGCUUCGGCCCAGGAAUGGUUUGUGCCACAGGAUUGCCCUUAUAGGAAGCGCCUUAGAAUGACCAAGGAGGACAGCAGUCUUCAAACUUGUUGUUUUUACCAGGAAUGUGGCAGCCAUUACCUAAACAUCCCGUUUGCUGUUAAUGCAAAUGGAGGGAAUUCCGCAGCGUCCUGUGCAUCUACCAGCGCUCUGCCUUCACCAGGAUGCUCUCACCACAUGGAUUAUAGCACAGGAGAGGCUCCUUUAUACAGGAACGGAAUCCAGGGGGCUUCAUGUGGGGGGUUUGUGACCAAUUCAAAGCCUCAACACAAAGUAAACUUACACGAGGAAGCGGCAGUGGAGGAAAAAAGAGGCCUCCAUGGCCGCGAAGCUUCAAAUGGGGGAGGUGCCUUUGAACGCAAAGGCCGCCUUUAUGAUUUUUUGGCAUCUGGUUGCAAUGACAAGAGUAGUAUAAGUGAACCAUGGAAAAAAUCUCUCAGGAAAAAAGAGGUUUCUCCAGGUAAUAAACUUUGUUGCAACAAAGGAAAUAAGAUGUGAGCAUUUUUUUUAAAUUAUUAUUUCACGUUAUUUUUGAUGUUGCUCAGAAGUGGGGUCUGUUAUGCGGUGGGAAAGGGUUUUUUGUAGCUUUAUAUGGUGAUAAUGAAACAAUCCCUAUGCAGAAGGGAGUUAUGGUAUGAAAAAAUUUUCAGUGUUUUAAUUUGUGUACAGAAUGUUUGGAAAUGUAUUAGAUCACACUCCCAGCUGCCACAUUUUGGUACUGCCUGUGGCUCAUUUUAUGAAGGUGUACAUCAGACAAGUCUCCAUACUCGCCCAGCACUCAGAACUGGAUGCUUAAUUACGCACACAUGAUAUGUCUAGGAAUCCUGAAUCUGACUUUAGCUCUUCUCAAAUGGAGACCACCCCUCGCCAAUUGGCCCCCUGGCCGGGAGCCUCACACAAGCCUCAUCUCUGUGCAUCUAAUACCCAAACUUUUUAGAACUUUUUUUUUUUUAAGUUUUACUUUUUAGAGCAUUGCAAAUGUAUUUUCCUCUCCACCUGCAUUUAUGCUGUAGUGAUCUUCAUUUCAAUCGUAAUAUUUGUAUUCAAAAUAAAUUUUGAGUUGUAAAA